UUCACGUACUUAUAUAUUUAUUUAAGAAUAUAUAGGAAGAAUUGAAGUUGCUUUUCUUUUUGUUUUACAUCUCUUUCUUUUUGUUUUAUUUUAUAUCACAAUGUAUCUUCCUUACAUAAGCUUUCCUGCUUCCUCUACUCAUAUUCUCCUCUCUCUUUCCUUUCUCAGCUUUUUUUCGUCGGUUUUCAUGAUGUAAGUGAAGAAGACACUGAAACUGAGUUAGCUGAACCCAUUCUAUAUAUAUUAUAUUAUACGCUAUAUAAAGCAUUACCGGGUGGUUGUACGAUAAAUGGCACCUGUUGCAUUACCACCCGGUUUCCGGUUUCACCCGACGGAUGAAGAAUUGGUGGCUUAUUACCUCAAGAGGAAGAUCAAUGGUCACAAGAUUGACUUGGAAAUAAUCCCUGAAAUUGAUCUUUAUCAGUUUGAGCCUUGGGAGUUGCCAAGUAAAUCAUUAUUGCCAAGCAAUGAUUUGGAGUGGUAUUUCUUUAGUCCAAGAGAUCGAAAGUACCCGAAUGGAUCAAGGACAAAUAGAGCAACCAAGGCAGGUUAUUGGAAAUCGACGGGCAAAGAUCGAAAGGUAAACUCACAAAUGAGAGCAGUAGGGAUGAAGAAGACAUUGGUGUACUACCAAGGGAGAGCACCUAAUGGCCAUAGAAGUGAUUGGGUUAUGCAUGAAUACCGCCUUGACGAGGGAGAGUGCGAAAUUCCUUCUGGUUUACAGGAUGCCUAUGCUCUAUGUCGAGUAUUCAAGAAAACCUCGAUAAACAUCUCAAAUAAUAUUGCAUCUUCAUCACAAGAACAUUCAUUCACCAACAUAGUUCAAAUAUCAAGUGAUCAAUCGUCGAGCAUCGACAUGUACACCGAGGGAAGAUGUGAAGAUUUUGAGAGCUCCGAUUAUUCAAUCCCUAUUGAAAGAUGUUCAACUAGUGCUACUCAUGGAUCUUCUUCAUCACUAUGUGAUAUAGGAGAUGGGCAAUGGAUGCAAUAUUUGAAUGAAGAUGAAUUCUGCUAAUUCAUUUUAUCAUCAUAAUUUAUGUUCUUCAUGCUAUUAUUCAUAGUGGAUAAAUUAUGCAUGAAGUUAAUUAUCAUACUAGUAAUUAUUGGGUUUUUUUAUUACUUGAAAAUGGCUUGGGUUAGUAGCUAGGUGUUUUGAUGUGAAUUUAAUUUUAUUUUUUAAAAAAAUAUAGAAAAAAAAAGCAUUAGGAACCCUCUUCACGACUAAAGAGGGGAAUUGCUUUGAUGUGAAAUUGGUCCAUAGUUUUUCAACAGGAGCAUUGUAUUUAUAUGCUUAUUAUGUAUGUUACACUUUUAAAACUAAUUAAAUUCGCCAUUUGAUUGGGAAAAGGGGUAAAAUGAUAUAUUGUAAUUUAACAAAUUUAUUGUAUCCUCUUCUUAAUACAACACUUGUAUAUAUGAUAUAGAUGUCUCAAAAUGUUUGCAAGUUUUUUUUAUUUUUUUUUAUUUAUAAGUUAAUAUUGUUGGGUGUGGCCCAAAUUUUAUAGGUACAUUAUUUUGAUGGAGUAUUGGUUGAUGUUCUUCAAUUCCGGAUACAUGUAGCAUGGUUGGUAUUGCACCACGAUUCUCUAGAUCUUUCUACAAGUUCGUAUCAUGCAAGCCACUAAAAUGAUCUAGGAAAUUCUUGACACGGGAAGUAACUAGAAAUAUGGUUCGUGAAUUUUCUAGAACAUCAUGGAUACUAAGAAUGAUGAAGGAAUUUCUAGAAUCUUCCGGCCAU